AUGGAGGGUGCUGCAUCGCCGGCGGCGCAGAAGAGAGCAGCGUCAACGGUUAGCAUUUCGGCUGUAAGCGCGAUCGGCCGUGGCGAGAGACCUGCCCCCGCCCGGCCCGACCCAGUCCAUCUUGCGCCACGGCAAAACCUCACUCACCGGGUUCUUGCCAGCAUGUACCACGAGGGCGGGCGUCAUCGCGUCCAGCGCCGUCACGGCGAAGAGCCCUCCCAGACCCCCACCAUGAGUGGUCUGCUUCGUCAACAACAGCCGGCGGAUGCCGAGGAUGGCCCCGCCUCUGCCCAGCAGAGGGAUGAUGCACCGAGCGCCGUGAGAGACGACGAGGACAAUCCGCAGGCCACCCAACCACAGCUCCCCCGCGUUGGGCGGAUUCCUGCACGCCGUCGUCCCCCUCCCAGUUCUCCGCCACGGUCUCAUGGUCGUCGGCGUGGACGGCCACGACUUUCACGCAACCCGGUUGGCCGACCUCGUGGUCAUCGCUCCGCUGCGGUACCCCCCCGCGACGAGUCUCCACCCCGCCAAUUCGACGAACCGGGCCCCCGAUUCACAGGCGGCGACCAGGAGACGCCACUUUUGGCCGAAGACAUUGCAGUGAAGAGAGAGUUCGACGAAGCACUUGCUGCAGAGACGAUGCAGCGAUGCCUUCGUUGCAAGGAGCAAUGGUUUGACGUCAAGCUCAUGGCGGAUGGUGUUUGCAAGCGCUGUCAUGACAAAGAUGAUAAGAAGCGGCAAGACGAACCUUUUCUCCUCUCCGCAGAGAACAAGCUUGAUUUUGGUGCCGUCCCACCCGAGUUGCCCCAGCUAGAGCCGCUGGAGGAGCUUUUCAUUGCGCGUGUGCACGUCAGCGUCAAUGUCCGAGGGCAACAAUACAAGUACCGUGGGCAUGUUGUACACUUUUUGCGCGACGUUGGCAAGGUGUACUCAGAGCUUCCCUUGCUGUCCAAGGAUUUGGACAUUGUCAUCCUCCGACCACGUGGAUCCGAAGGGGUCGAACAGAUGGACCGACAAUUCCGCAACCGCUUCCGAGUCUGCCGAGCAGCAGUCGAGACAUGGCUCAGAUUCCUCGCCGACAACCACCCUGGCUACAGAAAUUUCACCUGGAACUACGACAACCUCUCCCAGUUGCCAGAGGACGGUGACGUUUUUGACCAGCUGAAUAUCCACGAGGUCGCCGAGUCUGGAGGUUUGCCUGCAGAUUCUGGCCCUGUUGAAGAACCGGAAGAGGACGGUGAGGUCGUUGACGAAGCCGCAGUGCCAAAUACGCUGAUCCAUGACUCGGAAAUGAAUCAGCUUCAAGGGCGAGUCAAUAAUGGUCCUGUUGAGGUCAAUGAGCAAGUGCCCCUAGAACCAGUUGACCCCCAGGCUGCUCAUCAGCUGCAGAUGCCUUCCAUCCAGCGCACUCCCCUCGAUGAGUUCAACCAAAAGCAUACGCUACUCUCUCAUGCCAUGAAGUGGGAGGAUGGCCGAUUUGCUAAACAUCACAGCUUCCGAUUCAUCGCGCUGAACACUCUGAUGAGGCAGCAGGCGAGGGGUCACAGUCGAGUCUACGUUAGCAAGAACCACCGAACGCCUCUUACGAAGGAAGCCCUUCAAGAGGCGCUUGCCGACCCAGACAGACCGGAAGCUCAGGCUAUCCUCAACCGGAUCUCUCGCUUUGCUGGUGUCAUCAAAGACACACGCCCCUUUUGGUACCGUCGACGUCGCGAGUGCGAGUCUUUUGCGCACUGCCUUGGUGUGCCCUCUACUUUCAUCACCCUGAGCCCGGCCGAUCUGCACUGGCAGAGCCUCUACCAGCACAUGCCCGAAUACGAGGAGUGGAAGGCCCUUGAUGAGCUAAUUAGUACAAGUUUAAUAAGAAGGCCCAAGUGGAUGGAGUUGGCCGACGGACAGAUAUUGGCGCUUCGUCUCUCCCUUAUCAUGGACAACAGCGCCGCAGCGGUGGCGCGCAAGAUGUGUCGUGGAUGCCGCACCGAAAAAGACAUCGGCCAGUUUCAUGACCUUCGCGGUAAUGGGAAGGCCCAGGUCGUCGAGUACAACCACCAACACAUGUUUGGCCUGGACAGCCCCGCCAUUCAGGUCGAGGCAAAGCAUGAGGGUGUUGGUGCGGAGAAGGUUGAAUCCUCAAAUGCCGGCAACUUGGCCAAGCGCUUGCCCUUAUGUGUUGGUUGCAGGGUGAUGCUGACGCGGAAUUUGUGGGCGGACGUCGGGCUCGUCAACGGCGCACAGGGCACAGACGGCCCGGCCUUCACGAUGCCGAACGGGGAGCCGCUCCGUAGUGGAGAGAAGCUGGCUGUUCCCAUCCUCCGAGUGCGGCAGGACUUCAUGGUCGGCGCCAACUCAUGUUCAAGAGAGCAGUUCCCGCUGUUGGUCAGCUAUGCGAUCACCGUCCACAAGUCACAAGGCAUCACCCUGGACAAGGUCGUCUGCGAUAUCUCUGCGCCAGAGUUUACUUCUGGCCUCUCCUACGUGGCCGUUUCGCGGGUGAAGACACUCGGCGGGCUGAUGUUUGAGCGGCCCUUCGAUCGCAGCAGGAUCUACCGCGAGACACCAUCACGAGCUAUGGGGUUGAAGUUGUCCGAUCACGCUACCAGGCAACUGCAGGCGUUAGAUGCUGUGGCGGGGGAGGUUCCCUCAGAGUCUAAUUGA